AUGCCUUUCAACCCUGCUCUGCGCAAUAUGACCGGAAAAACUAUUGCCGGGUAUCAUUUGACUCAAAUCAUUGGCUACGGCUCGUAUGGUGCAACGUAUAAGGCAAUCAGCGGAAGUGAAACAAUUUGCUUGAAAGUCAGUGAUAAGUUCCGUGGAUACGAAAACGAGUGGAAAACUAUGGAGAAGCUGAAAGGAAUACGCGGAGUUCCAACAUUGAUCAUGCACAACAGCAACGAAACCCUUUGGGUAAUUGGCAUGUCCUUGGAAGGACCAAAUCUCAAGACUCUUCAGGAAAGAAACCCAACAAAAUCUUUCCAAAAAUCCACUCUCCACAAGAUGUUGUAUCAGCUGGUUACAAUUCUCGAGGAGAUUCAUACACGUGGUAUUGUGCAUCGAGACAUCAAACUCAAUAAUAUCAUUGUGUCACAUCCACGCUCCAACGAUAACAGCGUUUAUCUGAUCAUCUGCGAUUACGGGCAAGCACGCCAAUACAGAAAUGAGGAGGGACAAAGGAUUAUGGAACCAGACGACGACUACCGCUUGGCGAAUCGCUUUCACGCAACACCGAAUGUUGAUAUGGGAGAAGAUCACGGUCCAAUGGAUGACGUCCGCCAACUUUCCUACGCGGUUCUUUUCGCAUCUGGUUACAAUGACCCUGAGUACUUAAAGAAUAGAACACAUAGAGACAAAAUCAAGCGAGAGCUCUUCCGUGCGCCAACCGGAGUUCUGCCAGAAUGUGCACAGUGGAUGGAAUACUUUUUUGAAGCCAUCUCCGAGAACGAUGAUAUUGAUUUUCCCAACUACGAAGAAAUCAAGGAUUCCAUCCUCGAGGUGUUGCCGGUGACGAAUGCAAUUGAGCCCCUCAGACUCAGCUUGGAAGCUGACACGUGGUACCUCUUCUAG